CAGAGCUUUAUGAAAAACAAUGAAAGCAUUACAAGGACACCCGUAUACGUUUCCAAAACUGUUUUUGUUUGUUCUACUGAUGCUAAUUGUGACAUCUAAUGGCGAAGAAUCUCAUUGUAGUGAGAACUGCCGCUAUGGUGAGGAAUUUUGCCGAGAAGAAACCUCGCACUGCCUGUAUGGUUGUGAUGAUGGUUUCCUUGGAGAAGCUUGUGGUCAGGUGUGCUCAAUCUUAUACUGUAAGGCCUGCAUGUACAACAACUCAAAGGAAAUCUGUACAAGAUGUAAGGACGGACAUUAUGGCCCAGACUGCUUACAGCAGUGUAGUGACACAUGUAAGAACAAGAAAUGUGACAGAUAUGGAAGGUGUAUUUUCGGUUGUAAAGAAAAUCAUCAUGGUGAAAAAUGUGAGCAUCAGAAAUGUUCAUUUGUUGACUGCUUAUCUUGUGCAUAUACCCAGUAUGAAUCUUAUUGUUCUGAAUGUGUAAAGGGGAAAUACUGGAACCCUUAUAUCAAUAACUGUACCAAUUGUAGUGACCAUUGCAUAGGCGGACAACUAGCCUGUAACUCGUCCAACGGGAUUUGCAAUCAUGGCUGUGAACCCAGGUGGUUUGGUUACCUGUGUGACAAGUACUGCCCUGUAGACAACUGUACCCAAUGUAGAGAAGUGUUCCAUGGAACACAGAAAGUCAAGGAAUGCCAAGUGUGUAAUGACGGAUAUUUCACCUCCCAUGGAAUGUGUGAGAAAUGUAGUGAUACCUGCCUCGACAGUACAUCCUGUGAUGGCCAGAAUGGAAAAUGUGUUUCUGGGUGUAAAGAGGGCUGGUAUGGAGAUAGAUGCAACAAGAUGUGUCGUAUCUCAAAUUGUAGGAAAUGUGAAGACUUUAAUCAGAAUCACAUUUAUUGUGAGAUUUGUGAAAACGGAUUUUAUUGGAGUUCAAAAGAUUCGAAUUGUUCUCACUGCCCACCCAAUUGUACAAAUGGAUGUAACAUUUCAGAUGGCUCCUGUAUUGGUGGCUGUAAGAACGGCUACUAUGGUAACCAGUGUGAUACCAUGUGUGGUCAUUGUGCAAAUAUUCCAUGUAAUGAAACAAAUGGGUAUUGUCUACAGGGCUGUCAGAAAGGAUGGUACGGAACGUGGUGUAUGUCCAGUUGUCCAAUCCAUUGUCGCAGCUGUGUCGAUUUUAAAAACAAUACAUGUGGUGCUUGUGAACCAGGUUGGUAUGGACCACGGUGUGAAUUGAAAUGUAGUGAAUUUUGCAAAAGAAAUUCCUACAGUAACUUUCUUUACUGUGACAAGGACACUGGAGAGUGUUCGGAUGGAUGUCCUCCUAGUUACCGCGGAGCGUUCUGUAACAUUACAUGCCAUGAUAAUUGUUAUAAUGACAUCUGUGACCUGACAGGAAACUGUUCCUAUGGAUGUAAACGUAAUUAUUAUGGUACAGAUUGUAAUAAACGAUGCUCACAGAACUGUGACAUGUGCCAUCAAGGAGAUGGUAAAUGUUCUGUACCAUGCCGACAAGGAUACUAUGGCGAAUACUGUACCAACAAAUGCAGCGACUCUUGUCUAUUUCAAACUUGCGAUGAACAAGGAACUUGUGUAUCUGGUUGUGAAGCUGGUUUCUAUGGGAGCAGCUGUCAGAAAGUUUGCAAUUCCAACUGUAUGGAUCAGACAUGUCACCGUUUCACAGGGUACUGUACUCAAGGUUGUGGGCCUGGCUACUACGGGAACCAGUGUGAUGUGGAGUGUAGCCCCAAGUGUCUGAAGAACUGUACGCGUGACCUGGGCUUCUGUCUCGGCUGUAAGAAGGGUUUCUAUGGCAACAGGUGUGAAGAGGUGUGCCAGUACUGUUACAAUGACACAUGUGCUCAAGGAACUGGAGUGUGUACCCAAGGCUGUGAAGUGGGUCGCACCGGACAACAAUGUGCCAGCAGUUGCCAGAAAGGACGUUUUGGUCGUGACUGUAAGUUAUCGUGUAGUAACUGUAAGGACAACACUCUGUGCGGCGCCAUUAAUGGCACAUGUCUGCUGGGGUGUAUCGAUGGCUGGACAAACUACAACUGUCAACGCAAGUCGCUGAGGAUUGUGCAUUACACACAGGAACCGGACAGUGAGCGAAGCACUAUUGCUAUCUCGACCAGCGCCACAGUCGGUGUACUGCUAACAAUCAUUGUCAUUGUGGUGGGCGCGGUGUGUCACCGACGUGGCAGGUGUCCCGGAGCUUGUGCUCUGAAGAAAAAGAGUGAGAGUGAUCUUCAAGGUGACCGUCAAAACUACCAGGCAUCUUUAAGGAAGACUUCUGUAGAAGGAAGUGACCUACUCAUGUCCAGUCCCCCUUCAGCCAGAGUGGGUAAUCUGACCAUUGAUCCUGCUGACCUCCAGCUUGAGACAACAGAGAUGAAAGGACUGUUCUACAUGGUCAAAAUUGGCAGACUUCAACACACACAGUCACAAUCCACUGUGAUGGUCAAGCUUUUGUGUAAAGCUACCCAGAGAAGACUCCAGUCUGAUUUCCUUCAUGAAGUUGAGGUGGUUCGCACCCUAGAUCUCCACAGAAACAUCCUCUCCUACAUAGGUUUAUGUGAAAAUGAAAGAUUCAUACACAGUGUGUUUGAAGCUUGUGGAUGUGGAGACCUGAAGAAAUACUUGACCAAUUUGAAGCGGUCAUCAAGUGACCCGUCCUCCAACACUGUCCAGCUAUGCUACAUGGAACUGAUUAAAUUUGUGGUGGAUAUUUUACAUGCUCUUGUAUUUCUUCACAACAAUAAGAUUAUACACCGUCUUGUUGGCGCCCAGAAUAUUUACCUCGACAAUGACUACACAGCUAAACUUGCCAACUUCCACUUUGCCAUCAAGACCAGAGAUGCAGUUAGAGAAAAUGGAACGAUCCGUGCCAGAAAGUUGCCCCAGAGAUAUGCAGCCUGGAUGCCACCCGAAGCUCGAGGGGAAGAUACAUAUUCACAUUACACAGACAUGUGGGGAAUAGGUGUGUUGCUAUGGGAAGUGGUUACUCUUGGUAGCAGCACACAUUUACAGGGCACCCCAGGACUAGGUAGCCCCCCGGCCACUCCUGGGGACCAUACAGCUCCUGGGACAAGUCCUAAUAAUCAUAGCACCCCUGGGGCUAGUACUGUUGAUCCAAGAGGCUCCAGGCCCGGCCGGCCCUUGAUGGCCCCCAUUGGCUACCUCACAAUUCCAAUCGACUGCGACAGAUUUCUGUGCCAGUGUAUGGAGCAGUGCUGGAACCCCAUCCCCGAAAACAGACCCACAUUCACUCCAAUGGUCCGCAAAUUGUCAGCCUCUCUCACGCGCAGAUGGCCAGGAAAUGGGGAAGUGCUUAUGUCAGUAAGUACCUUAGUAUGAUGUUGGAUGUCUGGAUCAAACAAGAUUAGAGCUGACAGUUUAACUGGCAGUAAAUCUGCAUCAGCUGAUCACGGAGUAUAGUAAUACAUGUAGUCUGACACAUACAGGGAAAUAACAUGUGGAAUCUAUAAGCAAUAUUUGACAUAAACGUCAAAAACAUUAUAAUGUCUUUAAUUUAGUAGAAAGGAUUAAGGUUGUAAAGAGUCAAUUUUGUUUCCUUUUUGCCUGAUAUUUUAAGGUUUAAACUAGCUUCAGUUCCAUUGUAGAAAUCAUUUUGCUGUGAAUAUAGCAAAAGAACAUAUGUUUGAAUUAUUUAUGACCAUAAUGGUCUUCACAAUCAUUUUCAUUUUUCUUUUGUUACCUGAUGCAGAGCUAAUUACCAGUAAGAUAGAUAGUAUAGUAUCAAGUAACAACUAUAGAAUAAACUAACUUACCACAUUCCCAAAUUUCUUUUCAUUCAAAGAAUUUGAGUUUAUUUAAAGUAAUUCAGAAUUGUACCCUUUCUUUUUUAAUUAAAAAUUAAGAUUUUGUUAUUUAUUUGUUUCCUGAUUCAUUUGGUAUGAGUUUGAAAAUGCUUAAAGAAGAACAGCAUUGACCAACUGACCAAUGUUCUCUGCCAUUAUUAUCGUCCAGUACAUUUACACCCUAACUUUUACAUGAGUUGUGAUAGGUUGUGAACAUUAUCUAUUUAUACAUGUCUGAGGUGUCAUUAUUUCACACCGUAGAGUAACAUGAACAUUUAAGUACAAAAUAUUCCCAACAAUUCCAGAAAAAAGUGGUUUUAUUCUGGAAGGAUGAAUUUGAAAAGAUUUGGAAUAAUUUGUACUGGAGUAUAUUAUUGUACAAUAUAGCUGGCUAUACUAUUGUAUACUUCUGUGUUAGAUGUGUUGUAGAAUUUAACCAUACUAUUAGUUUUUAGAGAAGUAACCAAUCUGUUAGUUUUUAGACUUUAUAAUUGAACAUUUGUACUUGUAUCAUUAUUUAGAAAAAAAGGUAAAUCAUUUCUGUUUUGAGUGUAA